AUGAGGGAAUUUAAAUAUUGGCAGUAAAAUCAUGUUUACCUUUAUUUAACUCAGUAUUAUAUGAGACGUAAAUAAAUAGACAAAUGAUUUGCAUUUCAAAGACAACUAAUAAUCUUCUGUUGAAUAACUGAUCCAAUAUUUAUAUGAUUGAAACAAAUGAGUUAAUCAUAACUAGAAAGCAAUGUUACGAUUAAACCGAUUACUCGUUUCAAAGCAUUUAAACAAAGUUUCAAAUGUUUUGACAAAUAGUUGUUAUAAUUACAGUUCAGAAGCACCGGACAAAUGGUCUUCAUUUGAAAGACAACACAACGACAGACAACAGACACUAUUGCUUAACACCGACUUUUGUGACCACUUCUUGAGGAUUACAAAACCAGAACUACAUCUCUUCGGUCCGCAUGACAUGAGAGCGCCUCUCAAUGGAAAUAUUGGCAUAACUUUAGAGGACACGAAUGAGAUCCACAAGAAAUUUGUUAUUGAAUUAGUUAAGCAAAUGAAUACAUUUGAACAAACAUUGCCAUCAAUUGACAAAAGAGAUAUCGAUUUGUUUUUGUCUAACAAUACAUUCAACAAUCGCUGCCUUAAGAUCUUUCGGGUUCUUAAAUAUCAAACAUUGUUUAAUCAGAAAAUGAUGACAACUUGUGAUGUCUGCGAUAUAAAGGCGACUAAAUUAUUAACUAAAGUCAUGAAAAAUUUUGCUCUUCUGUUUCCAAGAAAAAUAAGACAAGAAUUUGGCGAUAAUAUGACAGUUAUGACAAUUUCAGAGAAGACAAGCAAUGAUAUGAGUUCUUAUUCAGAGACCAUUGAAAACGAAAGAGAAAAGUUUUUUGAGAUGUUUAUCAUAAAAGCGAAAAAUGUUUGUCAAGAGCUUCAAAAUCAUGGAUUUUGGGCCGAUUUUAUUGAUCCAUAUUCUGGUCAACCAUUUCUAAGUGAUCACACAAAUGAUACGUUGUUUGAAACCGACGACAGAUUUAUUCACUUAGGCUUUAGGAUUGAAGAUCUCGGUUGUUGUAAAGCCAUUCAUCACAACAAAUGGGGAACUCAUGUGAUUGUGGGAACUAUUUUCACGUCAGCGCCGACAGAAUCACCAAUUCUUAUAAAACUUAUGUCAGAAAUGGCUAAUAAAAAGUAAAUUGUUUUCAUAUACUGUGUGAUAAUUGUUUUAAUAUUAUAACUAUAGGUAAAUGAAAUGUUAGC